AGAGGUCCUAAGUUCAAUCCCAGCACCCACAAGGAGACUCACAACCAUCUGCAGCUGUAGAUGGGAUCAGAUGCCCUCUUCUGGUGUGCAGAUGGAUGCACAUGCGGACAGAGCAUCAAUAUAUAUAAAAUAAUAAAUCUUACAUUUAAAAAAAGUAUUUUGCCAGAGGAACAGAUGGAGAAUAAAUUUGAAGCAUCUUGACAGCUCAGAAGGGAGGGUUAGGAGAUGUGGAUUUUCCUGUCUUUAAGACACUGCUCCACUUUAAAGCAAGAGAAACUCCAAGGGAGACACAGUGUAAUAUAUAGUUAGUACACUCACUCGCACAUACAUGUGCACACACAUACACACAUGUACGCACACACGUGCAUGCGCACAUGCACACUCAUACAGCACUGUGGUUGGUAAUGCCUGAAAAGAGACAAAUGCUGAGAGCGGCUGAUGUAGCAGAAGCACUUGUGGUUGCUCUGUCUCCACCGUCUCAUUUUAAAUCAAUUGUGCAAUUACCAGUCUUAGCCGAGCCAGCCAGAACCACUUCCAUGUUUCCAAGAGACCAACUUGCCCUCUCUCAUCUUAAGGUCGUUUAUCUUUUGAAACCUAAGGAUAGCUUGAGCACUUUUUCAUGUUUCAGGUUAGGUUGCCUAGGUCCCAAGAGACAGCCUCCUUCAUCCUGGGCCUUGUGAGUGACAUGUUCCACCUAUGGGAAUGUUGUGGUUGGCAGAGUACUGACCUGGAAAAUGUGUCCCUGUCAUAAACCCUGGGAUAUCAAAAUGUGUUACUAGAAAAAGGGAUUUCAGAUAUGAUUAAGGCCAAGGGCCUCAAGAUGAGGGGACAUCCCUGGAGUCUGAAUAGACCAGUCUAGUGGCAUAAGUCCUCAGAACAGUGGAAGAGAAGGCAGGAGAUGACCUGAGGGCUGAAGAUAGCAUCACAUCGUGGUGGGAGGGGAUAUGGACUCACCCUUGACGGCCUUGAUGACCAAACAGAGUGAGGAGUGGAGGCAGCCCUCAGCAGUUACAGUGGCCUUCAGGCAACAACCCUCACCUUGUAACAACCAUAUUUUCAGGGCACCAUCUUUACUGUCUCCAGAAGCAUCCUGGCCUUGCCAGCACCCUGCUCUGAGUCUUCUGAGGCCCACACUAGGUAACCGUGACAAAAAGCUGAUACUGUUUCAAUGGCAGUGGAUCCCUUCCGUUUUCAGAACAUUCUGGUUCACAGAUGUCAUAGAGAAGGUUCUAGAAGAGUUGCUCAUGGAGCAGGAUCGAUGGUAUAGAAACUCUUGGGAGAAGACAAAUGAGUUACUAAGGAAUUGGCAUCUGCGAAAGCCCAGGGAACCCAGUGCAGGUGGAGCCCCUGGCCUGCAAGCAACGUGGAAGCUGCUGCGGAGCCCUUGGACACCCUGCUGGGCUGAGGCCCCGAAUCCAUCCUGCUUUCUCCAGUGCCUCUCUUUUCCCUGGGAAGUCCAGUGUGCCUGUGACCUUGGAAGGAGCUGCCCAAGACUGUCCUUGCAGCUGGCAUUCACAGCCCUGAGCCACCAGAGCGUGGAGAAGAUGCAGGUGUACCUGAUACUUCUGCUCAUCAGUUACUUGCUGACUCCCAUUGGUGCUUCCAUCUUGGGGCGCUGCGUAGUGGCUAAGAGGCUCCGUGACGGAGGCUUGGAUUAUUUUGAGGGCUACAGCCUUGAAAACUGGGUGUGCCUGGCUUAUUUUGAGAGCAAGUUCAACCCCUCGGCUGUCUAUGAGAACACAAAAGGUGGCUACACUGGCUUUGGCCUCUUUCAGAUCCGAAACAGUGACUGGUGUGACCAUGGCAAGAACCUCUGCAGUGUGUCCUGCACAGCGUUACUGAAUCCAAACUUGAAGGAUACGAUCGAAUGUGCCAAGAAAAUCGUGAAAGGAAAAGAAGGGAUGGGCGCAUGGCCCAUCUGGUCCAGGAACUGCCAGUUGUCUGACACCCUGGAGAGGUGGCUGGACGGCUGUGAUCUGUAGCCACCUGGGUGGACUUGCCCCACUUGCCGGCCAUGUCUCGUGACCACGGAUGUUUUCCUGUUUGCUGCUUCGAUCCAUCCAGUUAUCUCACCGCUCGACAGCUCCGGAUGGAAAAGGACAAACGUCCACUUCAUCCAGGGGGGCGAGGUGCAGAAUAAACCAGCUCAACCUGGCCUGAGGUCUCUG